AUGAAACAUCCGAAAGAUAUGGAUGGUGUGAAUGGUGUUCUGUCGACAGGUGUAUCUCUAGUGACGCUAAUAUAUGCGGCAUGCGGAUUCUACGGUUAUAUUACCUAUGGCGACAGUGUUCAAGGCAGUGUCACGCUGAAUUUGUCUGAUACACCACUGAACUUUUCCGUGAAAUGCAUGCUGUUAUGUGUCGUCUAUUCAAGUUUCCUUAUCCAACAGUAUCCCAUAGUGGAAAUGCUUUGGCCGCUAGCCAAACGGCCUCUACGAGCUCGAAAUACCAAACGGGCCUACAUCAUCGCCUUGGAGUAUCUGUUCCGGUUUUCGUUAGUGUUCGUCGUAUUGGGCUUGGCAUGGCUGAUACCGAAUCUGGAUGAGAUUAUUCCAUUAGUGGGUGUAACGUCCGGAAUGCUGUUAGCCCUGGUCCUGCCGGCCGUUCUUGAAAUGGUUGUGUUCAUUGAAGAGUGGCGGGCCAAGUACACCACACUCAAGCUUUCUGUACAUGUUUGUUUGGAUUGUUUUUAUGCUCUCUUAGGUUUGUUUUUUGUAAUCACGGGUUUACAAGCGAAUAUUAAGAAUUUGAUGCAUGGAGAAUCAAGUUGA